AUGGUGCUGGCCUGGUGCCACGCUGUACUGGGCCCACGUGGGGGUGUGCUGGUGCUGCACACAGUGGCCAGGGUCGCGGCUCUGCCUCUCAAGGCCCAGCUGACGGGGUGCUGGGGGUGGGUCCCAGGGCCCCGCUCCCCGUGCUGCUCCCCUGUGGCCGUGUCGCAGCCUCCGGCAUUGAUCCUUAAUUCGGCCGCCUGCCCCACGUGGUUCGAGCACGUCAGCAUGCUGGUCAUCAUGCUCAACUGCGUGACCCUGGGCAUGUUCCGGCCCUGUGAGGACGUCGAGUGCCAGUCAGAGCGCUGCAGCAUCCUGGAGGCCUUCGACGACUUCAUCUUUGCCUUCUUCGCGGUGGAGAUGAUCAUCAAGAUGAUUGCCCUGGGCCUCUUUGGGCAGAAGUGCUACCUGGGGGACACGUGGAACAGGCUGGAUUUUUUCAUCGUCAUGGCGGGCAUGAUGGAAUACUCACUGGACGGACACAACGUGAGCCUCUCGGCCAUCCGGACAGUGCGCGUGCUGCGGCCCCUGCGCGCCAUCAACCGUGUGCCCAGCAUGCGGAUCUUGGUCACGCUGCUGCUGGACACUCUGCCCAUGCUCGGGAAUGUCCUUCUGCUUUGCUUCUUCGUCUUCUUCAUUUUCGGUAUCGUCGGCGUACAGCUGUGGGCCGGCCUGCUUCGGAACCGCUGCUUCCUGGACAGCACCUUUGCCAGAAACAACAACCUCAGCUUCCUGCGGCCGUACUACCAGACGGAGGAGGGCGAGGAGAACCCCUUCAUCUGCUCCUCGCGCCGAGACAACGGCAUGCAGAAGUGCUCGCACAUCCCCAGCCGCCGGGAGCUGCGCGUGGAGUGCACGCUGGGCUGGGAGGCUUACGGGCAGCCACAGGCCGAGGGUGCAGCAGGCACCGCCCACAACGCUUGCAUCAACUGGAACCAGUAUUACAACGUGUGCCGCUCAGGCGGUUCCAACCCCCACAACGGCGCCAUCAACUUUGACAACAUCGGCUAUGCCUGGAUUGCCAUCUUCCAGGUGAUCACGCUGGAGGGCUGGGUGGACAUAAUGUACUACGUCAUGGAUGCCCAUUCCUUCUACAACUUCAUCUACUUCAUUUUGCUCAUCAUUGUGGGCUCCUUCUUCAUGAUCAACCUGUGCCUGGUGGUGAUUGCCACACAGUUCUCGGAGACCAAGCAGCGGGAGAACCAGCUCAUGCGGGAGCAGCGCGCGCGGUACCUGUCUGAUGACAGUACACUGGCCAGCUUCUCGGAGCCGGGCAGCUGCUACGAGGAGCUGCUCAAGUACGUGGGCCACAUCUGCCGCAAGGUCAAGAGACGCACGCUGCGCCUCUACGCUCGCUGGCAGAGCCGCUGGUGCAAGAAGGUGGACCCUAGCAGCGCCCCGCAUGGCCAGGGCCCCGGGCGCCGGCCGAGGCGGGCGGGGAGGCACACGGCCUCCGUGCACCACCUGGUCUACCACCACCACCACCACCACCACCACCACUACCACUUCAGCCAUGGCAGCCCACGCCGGCCCGGCCCCGGGGACACCAGGCUAGUGCCGGCCGGGGCCUUGCCCUCACCGCCCUCGCCGGGCCGUGGGCCCCCUGACGCCGAGUCGGUGCACAGUGUGUACCACGCGGACUGCCACGUGGAGGGGCCACAAGAGAGGGCCCGGGUGGCACACGCCACAGGCACGGCAGCCGCCAGCCUCAAGGUGGCCACGGGGCUGGGUGCCAUGAACUACCCCACCAUCCUGCCCUCGUCCAUAGGGGGCAGCAAAGGUGGUACCGGCCCCGGGCCCAAGGGGAAGCGGGUCAGCGGGCCUCCAGGUGCCGGAGAGCACAGCCCCCUGAGCCUGAGGGGCGCCGACCCCUAUGAGAAGAUCCAGCAUUUGGUCGGGGAACAUGGACUGGGCCGGACCCCCAGCCGCCUGUCGGGCCUGAGUGUGCCCUGCCCCCUGCCCAGCCCCCAGGCGGGCACGCUGACCUGCGAGCUGAAGAACUGUCCGUAUUGCACCAGCGCCCUGGAUGACCCUGACUUCGAGCUCAGUGACUCUGAGAGCGGAGGCUCGGAAGGCAACAUGGUGUAUGAGUUCACACAGGAUGUGCGGCACGGUGACCACCGCGACCCCAUGCAGUUCCCCCCGGCAGCAGAUGCACCAAGCCAGGGCAGUGCACGGCCGCGGGCGCAGCGGCGGGCGGCCCCGGGCGAGCAGGGCGGGCUUGGCCACGUCUGGGCCACCUUUAGUGGCAAGCUGUGCCGAAUCGUGGACAGCAAGUACUUCAACCGCGGCAUCAUGGUGGCCAUCCUCACCAACACACUGAGCAUGGGCGUUGAGUACCACGAGCAGCCCGAUGAGCUGACCAGUGCCCUGGAGAUCAGCAACAUCGUGUUCACCAGCAUGUUCGCCCUGGAGAUGCUGCUGAAGCUGCUGGCAUGCGGCCCGCUGGGCUAUAUCCGGAACCCCUACAACAUCUUUGACGGCAUCAUCGUGGUCAUCAGCGUCUGGGAGAUCAUCGGGCAGGCGGACGGUGGCCUGUCGGUGUUGCGGACCUUCCGGCUGCUGCGUGUGCUGAAGCUGGUGCGUUUCAUGCCCGCCCUGCGGCGUCAGCUGGUGGUGCUCAUGAAGACCAUGGAUAACGUGGCCACCUUCUGCAUGCUGCUCAUGCUCUUCAUAUUCAUCUUCAGCAUCCUGGGCAUGCAUCUCUUUGGCUGCAAGUUCAGCCUGACGACAGACACCGGAGACACGGUCCCCGACAGGAAGAACUUUGACUCCCUGCUGUGGGCCAUUGUCACCGUGUUCCAGAUCCUCACCCAGGAGGACUGGAACGUCGUCCUCUACAAUGGCAUGGCUUCCACCUCCUCCUGGGCCGCUCUCUACUUCGUGGCGCUGAUGACCUUCGGCAACUACGUGCUCUUCAACCUGCUGGUGGCCAUCCUGGUGGAGGGCUUCCAGGCAGAGGGGGACGCCAACAGGUCCGACACGGAUGAAGACAAGACAUCCACCCACUUGGAGGAGGAUUUUGACAAGUUCCGGGAUCUCCGGGCCACGGAGAUGAAGAUGUACUCUCUGGCUGUGACCCCCAACGGGCACCUGGAGGGCCGCGGCAGCCUGCCCCCUCCCCUCAUCAUGCGCACAGCGGCCACGCCCAUGCCCACCCCCAAGAGCUCCCCACACCUGGACCCGGCCCCCAGCCUCCUGGACUCGCGGCGUGGCAGCAGCAGCUCUGUGGACCCACAGCUGGGCGACCAGAAGUCGCUGUCCAGCCUCCGAAGCUCGCCGUGUGCCCACUGGGGCCCCAACAGUGCCCGGAGCAGCCGGCGCUCAAGCUGGAACAGCCUGGGCCGCGCACCCAGCCUCAAGCGGCGGAGCCAGUGCGGGGAGCGUGAGUCUCUGCUGUCCGGGGAGGGCAAGGGUAGCACAGACGAGGAAGCGGAGGAUGGCAGGCCCGGGGCAGGGGCCUCUCCGGGGACACGCCCCACCCCACUGCGGCGCUCCGAGUCCCUGGACCACCGCAGCACCCUGGACCUGCGGCCCCCACGGCCGGCCGCACUGCUGCCCACCAAGUUCCACGACUGCAACGGGCAGGUGCUGGCCCUGCCCAGUGAGUUCUUCCUGCGCAUCGACAGCCACAAGGAGGAUCCAGCUGAGUUUGACGACGACAUGGAGGAUAGUUGUUGCCUGCGCCUGCACAAGGUGCUGGAACCCUACAAGCCUGCGUGGUGUCGUAGCCGGGAGCCCUGGGCCCUGUACCUCUUCUCUCCGCAGAACAGGUUCCGGGUCUCCUGCCAGAAGAUCAUCGCUCACAAGAUGUUCGAUCAUGUGGUCCUGGUCUUCAUCUUCCUCAACUGCGUCACCAUCGCCCUAGAGAGGCCCGACAUCGACCCGGGCAGCACCGAGCGCGUCUUCCUCAGCGUUUCCAACUACAUUUUCACGGCGAUUUUCGUGGCCGAGAUGAUGGUGAAGGUGGUGGCCCUGGGCCUGGUCUCCGGCGAGCACGCCUACCUGCAGAGCAGCUGGAAUGUGCUGGACGGGCUGCUGGUCCUGGUGUCCCUGGUCGACAUCGUCGUAGCCAUGGCCUCAGCCGGUGGCGCCAAGAUCCUGGGCAUCCUGCGUGUGCUGCGUCUGCUGCGGACGCUGCGGCCCCUGAGGUAG